AGCGUCUUUGCAGUUUCGAAAUUAAAACGCCGCAGCGCUCACUACAUUUCCCACAAGCCUCCGCGGCCCAAGCAGGAAGAACGUUCUCUCGCAGGGGCUCACACUGAUCCAAGUUAGGAGCUUUCCGCUGCCAGCCUUGGCCCAUCAUGUAAGUGCUGCGGAGAAUUCUUUGCAGUGCAUUUGCAGAAUUACCUGAUUUCCCGACGGCCGUGCAUCCGUCCCGGCGCCCUGCGCACGGACGCGCACGCUUCGGACGCGAAAAGGCUCCAAGUGCAUGAAGAUCGAGGCUUGUGUUUUUGCAUCUUUGUUGCAGAAAGCGAGCCGCUGAAGCUCCAGUGCGAGGGCGAUGGAGGGAGGGAGUGAGAAAGAAGGCAAAGUCUUUUGUGCUUCCCCUCCCCCUCAUCAAAGCAAAGGGGAAAUGUCUCAGUCGAAGGGAGGUAAGAGGAAGCGGGUGCUCAAGCUCCCCAAGGAGGCGUUUGAGCAGGCUACCAGUACCAGCUCAGUACCGCCCAGAGAUUUGGAUUCGAAAGCUUGUGUAACAAUCGGAGAGAAGAAUUUCGAGGUGAAGGCAGAUGACCUGGAGCAGAUCUCCGAGCUCGGCAGAGGAGCGUACGGCGUGGUGGACAAGAUGAGACACGUGCCGAGUGGCCUGAUCAUGGCUGUUAAGCGCAUUCGGGCCACGGUGAACACUCAGGAGCAGAAGAGGCUGCUCAUGGAUCUGGACAUCUCCAUGAGGACAGUGGACUGCUUUUACACCGUCACCUUCUACGGAGCACUAUUCAGAGAGGGCGACGUGUGGAUCUGCAUGGAGCUGAUGGACACCUCCCUCGACAAGUUCUACAAGCAGGUGAUUGAGAAGGGCCUGACCAUCCCCGAGGACAUCCUGGGAAAGAUCGCUGUCUCAAUAGUAAAAGCUCUGGAGCAUCUCCACAGCAAUCUGCAAGUCAUACACAGAGAUGUGAAACCCUCCAACGUCCUGAUCAACACUCAGGGCCAAGUGAAGAUGUGCGACUUUGGCAUCAGCGGCUACCUGGUGGACUCUGUGGCUAAAACCAUGGACGCUGGCUGCAAACCCUACAUGGCGCCGGAGAGGAUCAAUCCUGAGACCAACCAGAAAGGCUACAACGUCAAGUCGGACAUCUGGAGUUUAGGAAUCACGAUGAUCGAGCUCGCCAUCCUGCGCUUCCCGUACGACUCGUGGGGGACACCUUUUCAGCAGCUGAAGCAGGUGGUGGAAGAGCCUUCGCCCCAGCUUCCCGCCGACCAGUUCUCCCCUGAGUUUGUGGACUUCACCUCUCAGUGCUUAAAGAAAGUUUCCAAAGAGCGGCCGACUUACACAGAACUCAUGCAACAUCUCUUCUUCACUUCCCACGAGGCCAAAGAAACCGACGUGGCUAGCUUUGUGAAAGUCAUCUUGGGAGACUGAGUGCACUGGAGGGAGGGGGAGGAAUCUGUUAAAAAAGAGGAAACAAAAAAAAAAAUCCAAGAAAAAAACACCAAUCGCAGCCCCCCCCACCAUCCCAUUUACCCGCAGGAUUCCCUCUCACCCCUCCCUCCAGUGGCAGACAAACGGAGCCCAGAGGAGCCGCUGACGAAGCAGAACGAGGAGUCUGUCCCCGCCCCCCACCUGGCCUCAGCCCCCCCCUCUGUGCAUCACCUGGCACGGUGGGAGGAGUUUGGGAGACGGGAGCCUCACACAGAAUCUGGAGUAAUUUAUGAUGUGUGUAUGCAAAGCCUCCCCGUUUGAUUCGAUUUGCCCCGCCGCUGCGCUCCUCCUCGAGCGCUGUUGUUAGCGCGCUGACUCUGUGGCCUCCACAAGGGUCGAGUCAUAGUUUCUUUUUUGCUGAAAAGCAGAAGCGAGAAGAUGUGCAGAUUAUAUAAAAAAAAAGAAGAAUGA